GGGGCUUCGUUCCAACAAACUCUCGGGCGCCAUCCCUCCCUCCAUUGCCUCGCUGCAAUAUAUCAAUGACCUCGACCUGAGCUCCAACCAACUGUCUGGUCCCAUCCCCAAGGAGAUUGGUUCCAUGGUCGCCCUCACCAAACUCGAUCUUUCGGACAACCAGCUUUCGGGCAACAUCCCUGCAGCCUUUGGAGCGCUCAUCAAAAUGGAAUUCCUGGACCUCUCAAACAACCAGCUUGAAGACGUCCCUUCCAUUUUGGGUGCACUCAGCGUGAUGACUUACUUGUCCCUCUCUUACAACGAGCUCUCUGGACCCAUCCCUGACACCAUCGGCUCCCUUACCAGCCUUGGGGCUUCGUUCCAACAAACUCUCGGGCGCCAUCCCUCCCUCCAUUGCCUUGCUGGAAAAUAUCAAUGCACUCGACCUGAGCUCCAACCAACUGUCUGGUCCCAUCCCCAAGGAGAUUGGUUCCAUGGUCGCCCUCACCAAACUAAAUCUUUCGGACAACCAGCUUUCGGGCAACAUCCCUGCAACCAUUGGAGCACUCAUUCAAAUGGAAAUCCU